GUUGUGUCCAAAAGCAGAAAUUAAACAGUUAUUAUGCAUAUCGGUUAUUCGAUGUUUAAAUAUGAAAAUAACAAGCAUCGUAUCAGUUGUGAAAAGAUAAUAUUGGUCUAUCUCUAACUGCAACACAUAUCUUUGACCGUACACAGCAUCAUCAUAAAUCACCAGUCCAAAUGUCAUGCGUUAUUUUGCACACUAAGCAAAAUGAAGCUGCUCUUUCAUAUGGGGAAGUAACUAACUUCUAUGAGACCAUGGCUGGGACUCAAAAUCAUUGAUCUAGACAACAUUUCUGGGCAUCAUAUAAAAAUGUUUUUGGCUCGCCAGAUAAUGCACCGAUUAUAGGAAAAAUGCGUACGUAGACUACGUUGACUAAACGCGCUGUCGAGGUAGAUUGCUCACUAGGUUCUGAACCUUCUUGCUCUUUGAACUUUUAUGCUACAUUGUGGUGGUUUCGCGCAUGUUAGUCGGUGACAAGCGUUUAAAACGCGUAAAAGCGCAAAGAAAGUUGCGUUGCGCUGGAGAAACGCCAACCUCCACCCGCAGGAGAAAGUUCAAUAUAACCAGAAAUUGCAUGCUCUUAUAUACAUUUCAUUGUAUGGCAUCGGAAACGAGCGUGUUUGUAAGGCUGUCAGACAAAGAAACAACGCAAAAACGAGUGAAUAAAUAAUGAAACUUUUGUAGGCUUGCGAGGGAAACCUCCCUAUAAAAGCUCCUCCUGGACGAUAAGUUCAUGACAAACAGAAACUCAACACAGAACUCAGCUGUCAGCUGCCAUGAACCUACAGCGCCUCUCCUCUCUGCUGCUCUGUGUCGUUUGCAGUGCAGUUUUCACCAUACGGACAGCUGCCGCUCACACAGCUGCACUGGGUCAUGUGACCGUGAGCUCGUCAUCGGGGGAGGGGCUUCAGAGCGCCGUGGGUGAAGAUUUGGAAUCUGAUGAUGAUCAGGAUCCAUCGGGAAUGUUCAGUGAUCCAACUUUGUUUAAAGUAACCCAAGUCAGUAAAGGAGACGAGCAGAAUCACAAGCGCUCUGGACGCAAAAAGAACAAAGGAAGAAAAAAGAAUAAAAAUAUCACUCCUGUUCAGCCGAAUCACACGCUCAGUCACUGGAGUCACAGCACAACCGCUGACCCCUGCCUGACCUCUCACGUGGACUACUGCAUCCACGGCCACUGCACAUACCUGCACGGUCUGAGAGAGCCUGUCUGUGUAUGUAAGAGAGGUUAUGAUGGAGAACGCUGUGGGAUCCAGCUUCUCGGGACGUCUCGGGACGAGAGCAGCACUGAUCGGAGCCACACCGCGCUCGUUAUUAUGACUGUCGUCCUGUCAGUCAUCAGCUGCCUAGCCAUUCUGCUCAUGGUCUGCGUGCACUAUAGAACACAUCACCGCUUUCAGGCGGCGUUCCUGAGCUCCACUAAUGAGAGAGAGAAACUAGAGAAGAAGAACAUCAUGGUGUGAAGAGGAAGUAGAAUUCACACUGAUGUCACUGGUGUGGAGUGCACUACAGAUAUAUUGCACAUAGAAUAAUAUAAUAAAACCCACU